GAAAUCGAAUGAAAAAUGGUCCACGGGGCAUCAGUCCAUCACGCGGACGCAAAGCGAGCCGCGAGGCUCAACCAUGGCCAGUCACGGAUGAGCAAAUCCAGUCCAAUCGAUUCCAACUCUCUCUAGUGACCACUCGACGCGAACACCGCACGCUACACUCGCUCGAGCGAAGAAAUGGACGCCGCCGCCGUCGCAGCUGCCGCGUCGUCGCAGCAGCCGGCGGCCGCCCCGCCCCUUGCCGGGCGUGUGGCCAUCGUGACCGGCGCGUCGCGCGGCAUCGGGCGCGCCAUCGCGGCCCACCUCUCCGCGCUCGGCGCCAGCGUCGUGGUCGGGUACGCGUCCAGCGCCGCGAAGGCCGACGCGCUCGCCGCGGGGCUUCCCCGCGCCGUGGCGGUGAGGGCCGACGUGGCCGACGAGGCCGGCGUGCGGUCGCUCUUCGACGCCGCCGAGUCCGCCUUCGGCGCCGGUGCGCCGCACAUCGUGGUGGCGAACGCGGCGGUGCUCGACGACAAGUAUCCCACCCUGGUGGACACCGCGACGGCGGACUUCGACCGCACCUUCGCCGUCAACACGCGCGGCGCGUUCCUGUGCCUCCGCGAGGCGGCCCACCGGCUGCCCCGCGGCGGCGGCGGCCGCAUCGUGGCGAUCACCUCGUCGGUGGUCGGGUCGCAUCCGACGGGGUACUCCGCGUACACGGCGUCGAAGGCGGCCGUGGAGGCGAUGGUGCGGACGAUGGCGAAGGAGCUCAAGGGCACCCGCAUCACGGCCAACUGCGUCGCGCCGGGGGCCACGGCGACGGACAUGUUCUUCGCCGGGAAGAGCGAGGAGCGCGUCGACGAGAUCAAGGCCACGAACCCGAUGGGGCGGCUCGGCGAGGCCGGCGACAUCGCGCCAGUGGUCGGGUUCCUCUGCACCGACGCCGCCGAGUGGGUCAACGGCCAGGUCAUCCGGGUCAACGGCGGGUACGUGUGAUGCAUAGCUCGUGGAUUUAUUGGCGGGAAUAAAGUUCGAGUGUUCGCAUGUUGAAAAAAACUGAAUAAAAUUUGGGAUAGUGAGCAGCAGCACUGACUUGCUAAAACAUCACGCACAGCGAACAAAUUAUACAUACACAAUGCUCUUCUAUUUA